AUGCAUUGGGCGUGUAAGCGUGGUGACGAAAAUUUGGUGAAGCUUCUAGCUGGGAUCCAUCGUCAUAUCGUAAAUGAACGAUCUGGCUACACUCCAUUACACAUCGCCAUGCAAUUUCGCCACGAACACGUGUACAAACUUCUAGUUGAAGUAUACAAUGCCGAUCCAAAUGUAAGGGAUUGGUCUGGGAAGAAAGCAAGACAGUACUUAGUGCAUAUGGACACGUCGCUUUCGCCUGGCUCUUAUAGAAAUUCUUCAAAUAAUAUUAAUAUGCAACGUAUAUCGAAUAUCGUAACUACUCCCACUGAGAUAGUUCCACGCAAUUUACAUCUAGUCCUUAAAAACGAAAAAGAAGGAUUUCUUCGUAUAGGAUCUCUGAAUGUGCGGGUAAAAAAGACAACGGAGGCAUUCAGUAACUUUCUAGGUGUUGGAGCUACGAGAUCUUCUGCGUACGUGCCAAAAUCUAGAGACCGCGACUUGGAUAGAAGGUCUGAUGAUGGAGAUCAGCUCAAGUCCUGGGGAUCAGCGGAUAACAUACAGAAGGAUGAUAAGCUGAUGCCUCCGCCCAUGAGCAGUAAAGUGAGAAGGCGUGGAGCAAAUGGGAGACGUGGUGUGGGCUCGCACAGUAGAAGCACACCGUCUACACCUGAUCAGCCUCGAGCUCAAAUGGGUGCUAAUGAAGAUGGCGAUUCCGAUUCCGAUUCUGCCGCUGGUUUUCAUUCGGCAUGGAGACAAAGAGGAUCACAAAGU